AUGAGCGGCUUACAAGUUCCGACUAAUGCUGGAGAACGACAAGGUUCUAUAAUGGAUUCUUUUAAAGGCUUGAACUUGGAUAGCUUACACCAUGGUGUACGUCGUAACUUGACGCAAGUAGAUCCAAGGUUACCUAAAGAAAUAAAAAAUAUAGUACUUUUAUUAGCAGAGGAAAAAAAUAUUUUGUCAAGUUUACAAAAUGUUUCAGCUGAAAGAAAAGAAGGUCAAUAUAUGUUCAGAGCAAAAAUAACUUUAUAUUCAACAAGUAGGCUUCUUCAUGUAUGGGGAAAAGAUGUUGGAGAAGAUAUUUCUGAUAUUACCGAGAAAUUGGGUGAUUUGUUUGCAAAAAUUGCAGAUGUUGAAGCUGUGUUGAAUGAAAAAAGUGGUCAUUACCGUAAGGUUCUUAAACAAAUCCGUGAGGCAGAGGAAAAAUUAAUCCCUCAUAGAGAAAAAAAGCGCAAAAUUCAUGAAGAAAUUGAAAAAAUUAAAAAAUCUCAUCCAAAAUCACCACGUAUUCCGGAACUCGAAGCCGAUCUUGUAUAUGUAAACAAAGAAUCCAUGAAAGAUGAAACGGAAGUUGGAAACGUGAUUAGGAAAUAUUUAAAAGAAGCAUUGACAUUACAUAUUAAUUCUAUGUUUGAAUGCUCAGAAAAAGCUGCAAUGAUUUCUGGUUUUGGAUUGGAAAUCGUUAAUCUAAUUGAUACUACGCCAUGUAAAGUUGGUGAGAAUAGGCGAGAAUAUACAG